AAAGGUCGCACUACGUGCUGCACCGGUGCUUCAUUUAUAGUCCACGCGGAGUUCUGAAAAAAACUGUUCAGCGUCCGAUGUUUGGAGUGGUACGGACACAUUCCAGGCAGCUGCAGCCAGGGUUAUCUCACGUUUUAUUCGGCGUUUUGCUGAGCAGACUGUGCACGAAGACAGAAGCCAUGAGUGACAUGCAGGCGGUGGUGCUACAGCAGCCAGGAGGGCCUGAUAACCUGUCCGUGGGAAGGGUACCCAAGCCUCGGCCCCAGGCUGGAGAGGUUCUACUGAAGGUGUACGCCACAGCAGUCAACAGGGCAGACACCCUGCAGAGGAAGGGCCUGUACCCACCCCCGAAGGGAGCGAGCGACAUACUGGGCCUGGAGGCUGCUGGGAAGGUGGAUGACCUUGGUCCUGACUGUAGAGGUCGCUGGAAACAUGGUGAUAGGGUGAUGGCGCUGCUACCAGGUGGUGGAAAUGCAGAGUUUGUGACCGUUGAUGAAGACCACCUGAUGGCCAUACCUGCAGGGAUGUCAUACCAGGAGGCAGCCGCCAUCCCUGAAGUCUGGCUCACUGCUUACCAACUUCUGCACUUUGUAGGUGGAUUGCAGGAAGGGGAGACUGUUCUGAUCCAUGCGGGUGGCAGUGGGGUGGGUACGGCUGCCACGCAACUGUCCCGACUGGCGGGGGCUCGUCCAAUCAUCACGGCCGGCACUCCGGAAAAGUUACAGAGGGCCACGGACCUUGGCGCUGUCGCUGCCUUUAACUACAAGGAGGGAGAGUUUGCACAGAAAGUUCUCGAUGAAACAAACGGGAAGGGAGUGGAUGUUAUAUUGGACUGUGUUGGUGCUUCCUUCUGGCAGCAGAAUGUCAGGUGUUUGGCCCUGGAGGGCAGGUGGGUGCUGUACGGGCUGCUGGGAGGAGGAAGCAUCGAUGGAGACAUCCUGUCUCAGGUUCUUAGGAAACGGAUCAACCUGCUGGGAACCACUCUGAGGGCCAGGAGCAAACAGUACAAAGCAUCCCUGGUGAAGUCGUUCUCUGAGCGAGCGCUGCCUCACUUCACCUCCGGAGGACCGAUCCACCUGAGGCCCAUCAUCGACAGGGUCGUACCACUACAGGAUAUCAGUAAGGCGCACAGCUGUAUGGAGGACAACAAGAACACAGGGAAGAUAGUCCUGUCUGUCAGGGACGAGGAUCGCGAUGAGUUGUAAGACUGCUGUGUUAUUGUAUAAUACUAUAUGUGGAUGUUGUCAACAUAUGAAAGGGAAGGCAGUCAAGUGACAGCAAUUUUACUCUCCAAGCAGAGGUUAGGCUCUGGUUUUUUUUUUUCACGUUAGUCAUUUUAUCAGGCUUUCUAUUUUUAGAAAGCCCUCUAUUUCUAAAACAAUCAGUCGGAGCUUAACCUCUGCUUGGAGAGUAUGCAAUGUAACCUUUUAUAUUGUUGACUUUACAUUGUCCAGUUACCUGGGCUAGCCAUUCAUACUGGACCUGGCUGUAUUUGACUCCUUACAGCCAAAUAAAUGAAAUAAAAUGUAUUACUUGGUACAUAUUGUAUCAUUACAGUAUAGGAAGGUGCCUAAAGCACUGAAGUUGAACACUCAGGUGGCAAGCAAUAAUCAUUAUGAUAAAUAGGUGGUUCUUUUGACAGUGCUUUCUUGGGCCGAAUUAUUUUAGAACUUUAUUGCUCAGGGUUAUUGGUAUCAAUAUAUGAAUAUCUUGUUUAAAAGAAACAAAAUUUGGUCCACCUGAGAUAGAGUGUAAAAUAAUGAAAUUGCAGUGUUUACGAUGUAGGUAUAAUAGUUGAAUUAUCAUAUUCAUUUGGGGCAAUUUAGGAAAUGAUAUAUCAAAUAAAACUUAUGUAUUAUUAUAAUAAUAGAAGACUAUAAACUUGUAAAUUAGAACUUUCUUUAUUCAUCCAUUUAUCAAGCAACAGGCUAACUAAAAGGUUAUUCUAUUCCAGAAAAUUAAUAUGAAUGCAACAUUGAUUUUAUCAGUAACAAUUAUCAAAUAAUAGUGAUCAUAUAAUGUUUGGAAUACAGAAAAUAAGUACUAGUCAUUUUGUUAAAUGUUAUUUGAUACCAGGAACAUACUGUACAUUAUACAUGCAAAUUACUGCAAAAAAAAAGAAAUAUUUCAAAGCAUGGCACACUAAGGGUAACAUUACAAUUAUGAGCAUGGUAAAAUACAUGAUCAUCCAGUUCACUUUGCAGAAUAGUCCGAUUUACACAAUGUUAACUUCUUUAGCCAGAUUGUGAUUACUGAUAUUAGUAUAAAUAAGACAUAUUUCUGCGAGGAAUUUGCACUUUAUGAAUAUUAGUGAUACAUGUACAUUCGUUUUUGCAAAUAGAAAUCUGAAUCUUCUAAAACCUUUAUCCGUACUUUGGCAAUUUGUUUUAAAUACUAUGACUGUAACAUCUAAUUUUAAUUUUAAGAAUAAUCUAGUCAUUACGUCUAGAUAGGCUGCAACAUACAACAAGUAGUUAUCGUUCAUACAAAUCUAUAUAAUUUCUUCUUUUGUUCUUUCAUGCAUACCAACAAAUCAAGUCAAGAAGCCCUAUUGAAACUGUAGACCUUGUUCUUUACAAUGCUACCUUAAAUUAUUUAAAAGCACCAUGAGAUGGUUGUACUAUCAUCAUCAUGCUAACAUGAAAAACCAUGAAACCUAUAGUGUUCUCCUGGUGUACAAGUCAUGUACGUUCAGCAUUUGAAUUCCAAAACACCCCUUUCGGAACUUGUGAAAUAUGCUUUCACCAAAGCACAGUCUGGCUGGAACAUGUUAGAGUUGGGGGUAACAGAGGGUCUGGGAUCAUUGUAAGAGUCACUGUGAUACUUUUUAGUACACACUUCAUAUAGGAAUGAUGUCCCUAAUUAGACUUUAAAGGUAGAAUUACCGGCUUACCUCAUUUUUGCUCCACAAUAUACAUUCCAGCCAGAUUAUGCUUUUACAAGAGUUGGGAUUGCACCAGAAUUAGAAACGGACUCUUAAAGACGAGGAUGGGGUUGCCAGUGUCAUAAAAAAUUAAAAUUAAAAAAAUCUUUUUGGCUUCGUCAACACUGAUUGUCUUCAUAUAUUAGUUUUCUCAUGUAUUUAGUAGUGUGAACAUGACAGGAUAUUUGCUUUUGCUUCCAGUCAUGUUGUGUGUUACAAAAAACUGUAUUCUUACCAUCUCCACAAAUGCUGUACUGUACUACAGACUACUAAGACUGUUCUUAUUUGCUUAUACUAGUACUCAAAUUUGAUACAAAUUGCCUUACUUCUCCUUGUCUUGACUGAUUUUGUACCACUAGCUAGUUAUUAGCUACAUGUAUUUAAGAUUUUCUAACCUAUUAAUAUGUACUCUUUUCAACCUUGCAUUUGUUGCAAAAUAUGUCACAAGACUAUUAAAAAGUUCAAGCAUUG